AGGUACCGGUACUCAUAGUGGGGUGCCAAGCCCUUGGUGACCCCCAUCACCCCCAUCACUUCUUAUUCCUGACCACCCGUCACUGACCCUGGUCAGGCUCGUGACUAGGCACUUAGCGCUGGCGGGUCCUCACAGCACUGACUGGUACGGUACUCGAGUAGGUGGGGUCUCUCGCAUUCUUUGGCUAGAGGGGAGCCAAAGUCUCAUGCGCUCGGGUAAUUGAAGCUUAAAUCGGCGGUUUGCGCGCCAUUUGGCGCCUUGCAGUGGCUGGGGAAAAUACUGUACUCGAGUACUCGUACGAGUACCCGAGUACUAGUACCACAACGCCGACUGCCGCGGGGGGAUGAAAAGGGAAAUUGGAGGACUGGAGUGCAGCCACACCUUGGAGAUAAGGCGACGCGCUAGCUGCAUUUUGUUCAGGGUUCCGGCUGGUGUGGUACGGUACCGCUAUCUACGGUACCAGUAAUCCUUCACGCGUUCUCCGUCGUUUGCUCCCGCACAAACGCGUUGAGAUAACGAACCCCCCCCUUCUUCACACGUUACAGUGCCGGCCUACGGUGACUCUGUUUCAGAACAUCGUCGGAUUCAAGGUUGCGAAUAAUCGUCGGUACUGUUCAACCAAGUCUCCCACGGGAUCGCACGAUGAUGGCAUCUUCUCUCUGCACACCUGCCUUCGCGCCAGCGACCUCGAAGCGUAAACGCCCCAUGGAUGAAUCGUUUUCACCCGACGAUUCUGGGUGCUUCCACUUGCAGGGAACGAUGGAGCUGCAACCUGGCAGGACGAUGAAGAGGUGGAGGAAUGGAAAGCCUCGUGAGGAGGAAGUAUACCGUAAGCCUCCACAACUGGGUUUCUACCGGCGCCGGGGUUUGGGCAUUCCGUGGCAUGGUCACGGCUGGUGUGAUAUAUAUCAUCCACUUGCAUGAAUAACUAGGCUAACCUGACGAUCACAGAGUACACCCUCCAAAAGUUGUUUUCCGCUCAGAGCUCGCAGCCAUCGCACACGCCUCCCACGUCGAACCUCUUCAAGGCCACACACACUCAAUCAUCAGCCCACAACGCCAACUCCACAACACCCACAGGCAGAGGCCAACGCGUCCUCACUGCUCCUCAACGGGUUAAUCCGUUUGACGUGAUGGCACAUACGAAGCCAUUAUCGAGCAAUAGUGCCGCGUUUUCCAAGUUAAUGUCUAGCACGUCGGUGGCCGCGUCAUCGCAAGCUCCCGAAGGAAUGGCCUCGUGCGAGGAUUGUGACCAACCUAUGGAGUUGAGUGGGUUUUCAGGGAUGGAUGAGGAAGGGAGGUGCGGGGCAUGUUCCAGGAGGGUUUGCGAGAGUGGUUGCUCCAUCUCUCUUGGCGAUGGUGCGAGACUCUGCUUGGACUGUGCUAUGAAGAGUUAGGGCUCGGAUAUCUCUUGGUGCUUGCCUCGUCGGAAGAUUUCGCCGUAUGGAAGUGGGAAGGCUUGGCUUGGUCGUGUGCUGCUUGCGCCUGGAGGAUUAGUUGGACCGGGUGCAUUAUAUCGGCAACUGGAUGUGGUGGUGGCCACGGGUUGUUUGGGGCGUUGUGGGCUUUCUUUCUCUCCUUUUUGGGAUUGGGUUUCUUCGUGGUUGUUGGUCCAUGGUAUUACUUGAUACUGUACCUUGUUUCUUAGCAUGUCUAUAAAGGGGUUUUUUUUUUCCCCUCUUUUCCUCGAAGACCAAGAAUUAUCAUAGAA